UCGCCCUGCAGGGGACGCGCAUUGUUCAAAAACCAAACGCUGUCGGGUAAAACAAUUCAGCUGAGGUACACUGAGCGUUUCUCUGCUUCGAUACCAAGAAGAAGCGAUAGGUAAGCAUGGCGCUGACUUUGUCCUCCCCGUGUGGGUUCCGCUCUGAUGAGGACGAGGAUAUGGCUGUGUUUGAGUCUACGGCAGCAGAGCAUGGAGGCAUGUCCAGGCCACGUCUACCUGAGAUCUCUGUUAUCUCCCCUGGCCUGGACAACCAGCCGUCCAUUUUAAUUCCGAAAAUUGCAGGGAAACCUGCAGCGGUGAGACAAGGAAGCUGUGAGGAAGGGAACACAGAGAGAGUGAAGGUUUUUCUGCGCAUCCGACCACUCACUGAGACGGAGAGUGAUAGGGGAGAAGAGCAGGGUUGUGUAGCUGUCCAAGACGAGGAGACUCUGCUGCUCAAAGCUCCAAAAGAAUCUCAUAACAUGAGAACAGCAGAGAGGGGCAUCACCCAGAGCAUGCACAAGUUCAGUUUCUCAAAGAUUUUUGGGCCAGAGACCACACAACAGCAGUUUUAUGAGUGCGUGAUGAAGACGAUGGUGAAAGACGUGCUUCAUGGAGAAAACCGACUCCUCUACACGUAUGGCGUCACCAAUUCUGGAAAGACUUACACUAUUCAAGGCAGCGGUCGAGAGGCAGGCCUCCUGCCCCGGGCUUUGGUAUCCAUGUUCAGGAAACUGCAGGGUCGUCUCUACGGUGCCAUGGACCUUAAGCCUGUCAUGAAUCAGGAUGUGAGGCACCUUGACUCUGGUGAGGUCUGGGCUGAGGAAAUCCGCAGAAACUCUCUGCUCAAAGAGGAUGAGAAUAUGAAUUCUCGUCGAGGUGGUACCACUACAGUCUGGGACAGCGGCAUCGGAGGACUAUCCUCUACAAGUCACAUUGCCACGCAGCUUGAAGACACUGACAGUGUUUGUCUGGAGCCUGACAGCCUUUCACACAGUGGAGAUGAUCUGGAAGAAGGAGUGCAGUUUUCUAUCUGGGUGUCCUUCUACGAGAUCUACAAUGAGUUCUUGUAUGACCUCCUGGAUUCUUCACCCUCCCUGCAGCUCAGGAAAAGGGUCACGCUGCGGCUUAGUGACGACAAGCACGGCAACCCCUAUGUGAAAGACCUCACCUGGAUCCAGGUCCGCAGUGCAGAGGAAGCAUGGAGAAUUCUGAGGGCUGGACGUCGUAACCAGAGCUUUGCCAGCACUCACCUCAACCAAAACUCCAGCCGCAGCCACAGCAUUUUUUCCAUCCGUGUCCUGCAUGUCCGUCCAGAAGCAGAUCAAACCCAGGCCAUGCACAUCAGCGAACUGACUGUGUGUGAUCUGGCUGGGUCUGAGCGCUGUAAAGAGCAGCGUAAUGGUGAGAGGAUGAAGGAGGCCAGCAACAUCAACACCUCCCUUUUAACACUGGGACGCUGUAUUGCUGCUCUGAGGCAGAACCAGAACAACAAAUCACGACCCCCUCAGGUGGUGCCCUUCAGGGACAGUAAACUGACUCGGGUCCUGCAGGGUUUCUUCUGUGGCAGAGGAACCUCCAGCAUGGUGGUCAACAUCAACCCAUGUGCCUCCAUCUAUGACGAGACCCUCCAAGCCCUCAAAUUCUCAGCUAUUGCCACUCAACUGGUCCAUGGCCCGUCCACAAAGACCAGAGUGGCCUACAUCCUGUCCAUGCUGCGUGAGCCAGCAGCAAACGGUAACGACAGCUUGAUAAUGGAAGAAGAAGAAGAUGAGAGUGAUGUUGAAGAUGGAGAUAUCACCAUGUUAAAUACCGAGGCUUUGCUGCAGGCCAUUGAUGUCCUGAAGAGAGAGGUGCAGCGCCAGCGGGAAGAGAAGGAGGCUCUUGAGGCAAAUGUGAGAGAGCAGGUGGUCUCUGAGAUGAUGGAGAUCAUCAAUGGGAUGCAAGAAGGAUUCAGUGAGACCUUGGAGGCAGAGAGAGCUCUAAUUGAAGAGAGAUACGAAGACAAGAUUACUAACGUGCAGAAACAUUUGAAGAAGUUCUACAGCCAGGAGCUGAAGGAGCGUGAUCAGGAGAUUGAAGCUUUGUCUGCUGCACUUGAAAAAAACAAGGCAGCUGAAGUGGCGCCUGUGUUGGUGCCACAGGAAGAUGCUGAGGGGCCUCGACGCUCUCAGCGCCUCACUUCUCAAACAGAAGUCGGCAGACUGCAUGCUGAGCUCAACCAGUGUCGUGUUGAGCUGCUCACUAAGUCACAAGAGCUGACAAAGCUGAAGAUGCAGCUGGAAGUCCCAGGCUCAACAGGCACCCUCACUGGCGCCGCUGACCGCAAGCUGGAGGAUGGUCAACGGAACCUGCGUCAGCUGCGCCUGGAUUUGCAGAGGCUCGGGUUAGACUUGCAGUCUGGUGAACGAGCCUGCUGUCGCAACACAGGAGGGGAAAGGCUGCGGCAGGCACUAACAGCUGCAGAUGAGACACUGGCCAAACAGGACCAGAUCCUUUCGGACCUCCAGAAUGGCCUGAUGCUUGUAAAGGCAGACUUAAGACGGAAAGCGGAGACCCUGGCCCAGACACAGGCUGCCCGGCCCCAGCUGCCCCCGUCAGGCUCUGCUGCCUCCAACACACCAGCUUUCUGCAAGAAGAGGGGCUGUGGGGCCGCAGCGCCAAGCGACACAGAGAACCGGCCUCCGAAUAAACGGCCCUUUUUCCAGUCUCUGUUCCCGACACGCACCCCAACGCGUAAAUACAACACUCGUGCUGUUGAAGAAGCAACCCUUACCCCCUCCUCACGAAUCUUGCGGUCUCGCCAGCAGUCUCCACCUCCCAGUCCUUUCCCCACCCCCCGUAGUCUCAGGGGGAAGUACUGAGCUCUUUGGAGUGCAUCCUCUUUGAUAUUAUGCAGAAAAGAGUUUUAUUUGCUGGUAACUUUAUAGUAUUUUUAUACUGUUUUGUAUAUAAUCACUGUUUGCAGUGCGGUUAACUCACUGUUGUCAUGCCAAAUAUACUUCUGAUGUUCAUGCCAGUAAAACAGUUAUGCUUUAAAUGGGAUUGCAGUACACUACCAAGGGAGUUGAGGUGUUCUUGAGCAGUAAAGCUGCUCAGUGGCUAAUGGUUAUGGACUGCAUAGUUAAGAAUAGUGCAUGUGUGUGUGUAAUCACCCUUCACUGCUUCUGCACCUCCUCUGCAUGCCUUUGCUGCAAGUACCUGUUUUCUACAAUAAACUCUAUGAAAACAU